AUGGAUAAUAGAAAUGAUAAAUUACAAAUUAAACAAGGUACAUUUUUAAAUGGUUUAAAAUCUAUUAAAUUUAGAACUGGAUUUUCAAUUGAACUCGAUUGUAAUUGUUUACCAGAAUCGUUGACACAAUUAGAAUUUAAUAAUGUUAUUUUUAGUUCACCAUUCACUGAAUUCACACUUCAUGAGAAUAUUACAAGUUUAACAUUCACAGGUAGAGAUUUUAAACAAACAAUAGAAUCAACAUGGUUACCUAAAUCAAUUAAAUCUUUAGAUUUAGAAUAUUGCACAUCAUUUCAACAACCAAUUUUAAUUAAACAUAAAUUACCAAUAUCUUUAAUAACUUUAAAAUUAAAUAAAAAUUAUUUUGGUAAAAUUGAACCAAAAUCAAUUCCAAAAUCAGUGACAACUUUAAAAUUUAAUAUUAAUUCUAAUAAUAAUUUAUUAAAUAUACCAAGAUCAACUACAACAUUAAUAUUUGAAAAUGAAUUUAAUAAUAUUUUAAAUGAUGGUGAUAUACCAGAGAAUGUAUCAACAAUUAGAUUUGGUAAUAAUUUUAAUCAAAUUAUAAAUGAAAAUUCACUUCCAAUGUCAUUAACUAAAUUAUCAUUUGGUGUAAAUUUCAAUCAAGCUAUUCAAGAAAAUAGUUUACCUAGUAAUCUUUUAAAAUUAAAAUUUGAACAAGAUUUUAAUCAACCUUUAUUAAAUAAUUUGAUAUUUAAAAAUCAAUUAAAUAAUUUAAAAUCUUUAAAAUUUGGUUGGUAUUAUAAUCAAUUAAUUAAUAUACCUAAUAGUGGUGGUGGUGAUGGUGGUGGUAGUAGUGAAUUUAAUGAAAUAUAUAAAAAAUUAAAAACUUUAAAAUUUGGUAGUGGAUUUAAUCAAAUAAUAAACAAAUCAUCACUACCGAGUACUCUUAAAAAAUUAGAUUUAGGUGGUUAUAAUCAUCCAUUAACUUUAGUUUCUUUUCCAAAUUCAUUAGAAUAUUUAACAAUAUGUUAUAAUUUUAAUAAUCCAAAUGCAAUAGGUCCAUCAAUUUUACCAUCAAAUUUAAAAUCUUUAACAAUUAUUAAUUAUAGUAAUAGAAUAAUUGAUUUAUCACCAAUCAAUUGUUUACCAUCUUCUUUAAAUUAUAUUCAUAUUUAUGGUUUUUUACCAAUUUUUGAUAUUAAUACAAUUCCAAAAAAUUUAAAUGUAAUCUAUUGUGAUAGAUAUGCACGUUAUAUUAAAAAUUUAGAUACUCAUUUCAUUUCAAAAUAUAUAAAAUAUAGAGAUGAUUAA